GAAGACUCCGCUUCACCGCCGCCGAAAGUCGCCAGGAAGCGAAAGUCUAAGGUGAACUUAAGCGGAGCCGACGACACAGCAUCCGUAAACGAAACCCCCGGGAAGAGGCGCAAGUCUAAUGCCAACGGCUCCAAACCUCCUCGAGAGAAUCUCUCGGAUGAGCAGAAGCGCCAGAACCACAUUCUUAGCGAGCAGAAGAGACGAACCUUGAUCAAAGAGGGUUUCGAGGAUCUUCAAGAGAUCAUCCCGAAUCUCAAGAACGGAGGAUACAGCAAGAGCGCUAUGCUCCAA